CCCUGUAUGCAUCGCACCGUGCAAAACUUGAAUCUGGUCAAAUAUAAGCAAAAUUGCAUCUGAGAGAAAGUUUUCCACGCUGCUGUGCUUACUUCGCCGCAUGGAUAUUGGGCAUACGCCGUGAUAUCAAAAGGGUAGAGUGCGCCUUAACUGCAUCGGUCACUUUGUAGCGUGUAUGUACUUCUUAAACUGGCUUGCGUGCUGCUUACCAGUAAAAGGAAGCGUCUCGUUGCGUGAACACGUGGUUUGCCUUUUACCAGUUUCUUGUGCAUAAGCAAGGUGCAUGUUAGAAUGGCUGUUCGGUCGAAUUCAAAUUAACAAAUGGUAGCAAAUAUUAGCUAGAGGUUCGUCACUUAUCCCGGUUUUCAAAUCACGAUUCGAAAUCAAUCACCCCUUCGUUUGUGCCGAGGUAAACUGGACCUGCUUAGUGAGGAAAUAUUUUAGCACUGUGUUUGCUGCCCGUGGUUAUCGAACACCUUGUGUGUGUAAUGAAACAUGUUCAAUUAAUCGUGUUGAGACAUUGCAAAGUGAGGCGAUCGCCAUUAGCUGUAUAGUUCGUUGAAAAUACAGACGUCCACCGCUUAGUAUCCAAGUUGGUGAAGGCUACGAAAAAAUACUUGAAAAUAAGCCCAUCCCUGUCUUGCCAAUAUGGAUCCAAUCUGUCGACUAUGUAUGGAGAUUAGCAACCUUAAUCGGUCUAUGAGUGAACAAACAAUCCUUGCGAUGGUGGAAGAUUGCGUCCAGAUAAAGAUGGACAUCGCGAAUGAUCUUCUGCCGCUCGAAAUUUGUGACGACUGUUACCUCACGAUCAAGGACUUUUCCGAAUUUAAGGAAAACUGUCACGGUAUACAAAAAAUGCUCCGGGAAGAGCUUGAGAAAAACAGACGCGAAGAAGAUUUAGAUACGGACAAUAACUCUGUGCUUGAUCUGUUAAAGGGUGACGUUCGAUAUUCGGAUGUGGAAUACAUUGAUGAAAACAUGUUCGACGAUAUUAGUAACGAUGAUUUGUUCAAAGACAUUCUAAAUAACAACGAACCACAGAAAGAGAACACGCGUGAAUCUGAAUCAACGGUAGAUUCGGAGUCGGUAGAAUCAGUCAAUGGUAAAAAGAAGAAAAGGUCCAACCGAUGUUACAAGAAUGAAUACAUUGGAGCACUGAUAACGUGUGAGGUGUGUGGAAAGUUGGUGCACAAGACGUUGAUACCGGGUCACUUGAACAUGCACAAUGGAGUGAAACCUUACGUUUGUCCAAGAGAUGGAUGCAAGUCAUCGUUUUAUUGUAAGCACAAGCUAAAGCGUCAUAUUGGUUACAAACAUUCAGAUGGGAGCUAUCCAUGUGACAAAUGCGACAAAAUUCUCAACUCGGGCUUGGCGUUGUACCAUCACAGGUUUGCGUGUCAUCAAGAAAGGGACAAAACAUGCCAAAAUUGUGGAAAACAAUUUCGAACCACUCACGGGCUGAAUCGCCACAUGUUGACGCACAACCUGGAACGAAAAUUCAAAUGUUCUUACUGCGAGCUGACCUUCCUGAAAGAAUCAGUGCGAGAUGUGCACCUUCUUAGGCAUACCAAGGAGCGACCGUACGUUUGCCCCAAAUGUAAUGCAGACUACAGCCAACGAAGACUGUUGGUAAAUCACAUUAAACGAAAACAUCCUGAAUCGGACCACGAACUACCGCAGACCAUACCUGCUAUUGAUGAAUAUGAGCGACAUGAUGCGAGUGCUAUUUGUGCGAAUUGAAUAGGUAUUAACCGGUCCAAUGAAGAGUCUGUACAUACUACCUUUAGAUGGUAGGUAUAAGGAAAAUUCGCACGGUGGUAUAAUGAUGGCAUUAAUAAUCCCAUAUGGGACCAUUCAUAAAUUACGUAAAGUACGACAUGUUUUUACUGAACAAGAAAAAGUCUUUCGAAGAAUUUGUUACGUAAUAGGGGAGGGGGAUAAAGAAAUUUGUGACAAUUUGUUACAUGGGGAGAGGGGGGAGUCAAUUUUGGGCAAUUUUCGCGUUACGUAAUUUAUGAAUGGUCCCUAUGUAUACGUAACAAGUUACAUAUUCCUACAAAAAUUGUUACCUUUCGAUGAACAACGAUUUUUUUCCCGGUGAUAAGUAAAUUAGAUAUAAGGGGUCAUCCAUAAAUGACGUAGCAUUAUAUGGCGGAGUUUUGUAUUUUGUGAUGAUGUGUGACGACAGGGGGGCAGGGGGUCAUGUUAUGCUACGUAGCUUUUUUAAAGGGGAAUAGUAUAGACUUUUUAAAAAUUUUGCGGUGACAAGGGGGGCAGGGAUACCGUUAAGCUACGUGAUUACCAGGGGGUAUUUAGAGGUUUGUGACGAAAUGCUACGAUGAGGGAGGGGGGUGUUAAAAAUCACUCAAAAAAAUGCUACGUCAUUUAUGGAUGGUCCCUAAUUACAAUUCAAAGUUUCACAUAAUAAUAUUGCUCAAAACAAUGUAAGAUAACCAAAAGAAUAAUCAUUAUUAAUUUUUUCUCAUUCUCUUAUAAGUACUAGAUUUAAAGGCACAUUAAAUAUCUAUACGGAUACUAUUUUCACGUACUAAUAUGCUUCGUGGAAUAGAGUAAAAAUCACCAUAACACCAAAUAUUUAAUAUAAUUGACAUUUUACUUUUUACCUGGUGUAGUGCAAAACAAGAAAUCUACUGAUUAUUCCCACACACCAAAAAAAACCUGAAUUUUAUCGUUGACGUAAUUGCAAACAUGACACAAUUCAACAAACCGUAAUUUGGGAAAUGACGUAACAUUACCGUGUUCCGUUUAAUUUUACAUGGAACAUAUACUUUACAUGCGCAAUGACAUAAAAUUGCACUUCCUACCAUUCAGAACAAACGCUGUAUGUAGAGUAAAAUUACAUGAUUUACGAAAUUAAACGUCAUGUAAAAUUAAAGUCAAACGUAAAACUAAGUCAUGUUUGAUGCUCGUAUAUGUCAGGGUCAGGAGACGUAAAUUUACACUAUUUUUUCUAGGUGUGCAAGUUUGAACGGGACUAUUAAAAACCAUAUGUAAAGCAACACAAACACAUUAGGCUGUUCGCAAUGCUAUGAUGUAAAUCUGUUUCAAAAUGUUAAGCAGUCGUAUAAUUUAGAACUGUCAAAACACAUCUAGAACGCUGUGUUCCCAAUGCGUUUAGGUAAACUAAAAAUUGUUUCCUCGAUGUUCUUAUUUUCUAUCGCUUAUGUGACACACAGUGUUUUUUGCUAUCAGUCGUCACACAUACUAAUGGAAAAUAUUCGAAACAGUGCUCUAUUUGGGUUUCAAAUUGUGGACAAUUUUAAACAAAAUAGUUGAGCUAAAUUUGUUCCAAAAAAAUUCUCGAAAAAUAGAGCUGCAUCUCAGUAUGGUGAUCGAUCUGCUUUAGUCGGAGUUGUGAAAUAGAACCGUCCAUAUAGAAUGCACUGACAUUGCAAACAGCCUUAGUGGAUGUAUUUCACAUUACUUGAAGUAAACAACGAAAGGAAGCGCAAUACGUCUAAUAGAAACAGAGAAAAGGGGACUCCGCCAACUGCUGAUGAACAGAUUUUAAUAAGUUUAAACCAAAUAGACUGAACACAUUCUCAAAAUCGAAUACAUACUUUUUGAUUUUGUAGGUUUUUCCUCAAAUAGCUUUUUAUAUCUUAAAUUAAUUUAAAGAUAGGAAGUAACAACCCUCAGUAAAGUUUCUUGUAGAAGAAUUUACUACAACGUUGUGGAAGAUACCAACUAUCUAUGUCUAACAUUACAAGGAAUAAAUGUUGCAUACAACUUAUAUAGGAAUUAAUCAUGAAACCAAAAGGGGCAUUUCAUUGUCAUAAUUCCAGUUGACUAUUUCGGAAUCCCUACUUUCACUUAUGGUUCUAUUUUCAUAACUUCUCAUGCUUAGUAAUGUCUAGCUAAUCGAAUGUCGUUAAAAAGAAAAAGGAUAAAAUUGACUAGACGAAAUGAAAAAAUAAUAUCAAAACUACCUAAAUUUUAAAUUAUCUAAUUUAUGAUAUUGCUGAUGAUUUUGAAGUAGUAGGCUUCUAAAAUGACGACUAUCGCUACUUCGAUUGAGAUUUUAGUAAAUAUAUCUCGGUUAAAGAUGCAUAAAAACAAGAUAUACUCGAAAAAGAUUUUUGUAAACCUUGUAAAUAAAAAACUAAAGGUAAAUGUUGAUUACCCCCAGGUAUGAUAAAAAUACUGAAUGAAUUGUCAACUUUUAGCCAACGAUUUUCGAUAAAUCCAUCAACCCAUGAAAAGGACUGACAGUUGAUCACUGUCGGAAUCAUUAAAUCUGUUUUGCUAGUGCUAGGGUCCGUUUAAUAUAGAAGAUGUCCAGAUAUCGUGCGAUCAGAAAAGUAUAAUCACUAAGUCGGAAGGAGUUAGAAGAAGUUUCAAUUUUCAUUAGGGACGGGAUAUGAGCUAAUUUUUUACGGAUAAUUCAAAUAUGAAAACAAAAGUUUCCACAAUUCAUGAAAAACGCAUAUAAUUAAAACUACAGAUUUUAUUACAGUAAACAAUAUCAUAGAUUUUUUUAUUGAAU